AGAUCUGAUCAGUAACCAGACAGUGCAAGGAUUGUCAAAAUGGAUAGUGCGGGCUUUCCAUGGAGUCUGAUUGUAAUACCCAUUUUGUUAUCCGCUGUCAGUGCAACAAUCUCGAGAACAACGCCAGGCGCUAACUUAUCCCAAGUUUCUCCAUCGCAGAAGGCCAGUUGUCAAAACAUGUAUAAUUAUAACAAUUUUUACCCAGGGUCGAGCAAGAAGAUCGAAACCUUGCUUACUGAAGUGAAGAAGGAGUUAAUCCGGAUGAGAAACGAAAUUAAGUCUUUCAAAGAAAACAAAACGACUGCAACAGGACCGAAGAAGAAGAUCGAAACACUGCUUCUUGAGGUAAAGGAGGAGAUCGGCGAGAUUCGAGAGGAAAUCAAAACCUUGAAAGAAAACAAAACAGGUGAUGACGGUAAGCGAGAGAACCUCUCUUGA